CAGAAAAGAUUGACGACGUGAUUCCCUGAUUUCACUCUUUUCUUAUAUCCACAACGAAAGGCCAUUCUUCUCCUUUCCUCUCCUCAACUUGCUCUUCUUCAUCAAUGGCUUCUCUGAGUUUAUCCUUGACGUCUAUCAAUUUGGGAUUUUCCCCGUCGUCCCCAUCUCUAAGUCGACACGCUCCAAGCGCAGUUCAAUUCCCCCAUUUCAGCAAGGUUACCAACGCGUUGAGACUUAGUUCCAGUCGCUGCAUUUCUGGGUUACAUUCGCUUCUUCCCCACAAGCUCUGCACCAUUUCUCCCUCCCCUAAGAGACUCCAAUCUCUUACUGUUUACGCUGCUAAAGGAUACAAAAUGAAAACCCACAAGGCAUCAGCAAAGCGUUUCAGGGUAACAGGAAGGGGGAAAAUAGUGAGGAGGAGAGCUGGGAAGCAGCAUUUGUUGGCUAAAAAGAACACCAAGAGAAAAUUACGCCUCUCCAAAAUGCAUCCAGUCAGCCGGAGUGACUAUGACAAUGUGAUUGGUGCUUUGCCAUAUCUCAAAGUAAACAGAAAGGCAACAUAAGUGUGACCUACCUUGAUGAAUUAUGGGAAGACAAUUUUGUGUUGUAUUCUGAUAAUUUCUCACAUUCAUGCUAGAAAGGUGUAUCGAUUGAUUUAUUAUAUCCUGAUGUAACUAGGGAAAGUUGAUAUUUCAAAGUUGAAAUUUAUCUCUCCAUAGUUCUGCUUGGCAUCAACCAUUUCAUCUUUCCAGUACUGCUAAGUUGAGUUUAUUAUGGUCAAUGACUGUUCUUUUUAAAUCUCUUGAUAAAGAUGAAUGUUCUUU